CAUAUAGGUAUGUGUUGUACUUGAGGAGUUUGGGGGGGAGCUUCUGCUCUCUGUGCACCCUUAUUAGGCUGGCGCGGACAGAGUGCAUUGCCUGCACCUGCACAGAGCAGAACUACUGGUCCAGUUGCUUGCGUGCUAAUCAUCACAUCAGAUCAUGGAAGGCGAACAGGUGUACGUGGACUGGAGAGGGAAUGCGGCGGACGAGAGGAGGCACGGAGGCGUCAGGGCAACGGUCUUCCUCUACGUUUUGUUCAUGCUACGAAGCUGCUCUAACAGCUCAAACUUCACCGUGGUGGCCUAUUUGCACGGCACGUUGCAUCUGGACAUUGUGACCUCAUCAACCGUGAUAGGCUACCUGGUUGGCACCGUGAUGAUAUCUGCUGCUCUCAUGAACUUCAUCUCUGAUGCGUGUAUGAUCAAGCGAACCACCGCUAUAUUUGUAUUCGGACCCUGCGUGAUCCUGGGUUAUAUGUUGCUAGCACUGCAAGCCCAUUUCCCUGCACUCCAUCCUGAAACCUGUGCCAUAGACGAAGAGCCAAACAGCUGUGAGGCAGCUCGGGGUUGGAAGUUGACACUGCUCUACUUGGGCCUGUUCAUGUUUGCUGUUGGUGAGGGCUGCAUGCGUGCCUGCGUACCAUCCCUCGGUGGAGAUCAGUUCAGCGACAGUGACCCAAAGAAACCACAGCUCAGGAGUACGUUCUUGACCAGGCUUAAGCUCGCAAACUCCAUCGGAGCGAUGAUUGGAUUGGCCUUCUUAGUGUGGAUUGAGAAUAACUUGGGCUGGGACAUCGGAUUUAUGACGUGUGCUCUUGCUGUUCUUGUAGGGCUGCUUGUGGCAGCCAGUGGAUGUCCUUUCUAUCGCAUGCAGAAGCCUAGUGGAUGUGGAAGCCCUCUAACUAGAACAUUGCAGGUUCUUAUCACUUCAUCAAAUCAGAAGUCAGCUGCCAAUGUAGAUGAUAUUGAGCUACAAGACACCAACACACAAGGUCAUGUUUUCAAAUCUGGAACCAAUCAAGCUGAUGAAACCAGGGUCCUCAUCCAGAUGCUUCCAAUCUUCAUCAGCUGCUUCCUCGUCUACCUGCCAUUCGUGCUGCUCAUGACACUAACCAUACAGGUUGGCCGUGCAAUGGACAGAGGUGCAGGCGCGAUCCAGAUACCCUCCGCCGCCUCUCUCAUCGCGAUCCCAACAGCGUUCCACACGCUGAUGCAGCCAUGCUACGACAGAAUCCUGACGCCGCUGCUGAGAACAGCCACCGGACACCAGCACGGGGCCACCCCGCUGCAGCGCAUCGGCGCAGGAUCGGCUUGCGGGAUCGCGGCAGCGUGCGUCGCCGCGCUAGUGGAGGCAAGAAGGCUGAACGUCGCAGAGCAGCGCGGGCUAACGACGUCGACAGGAACCGGUGUGCCGGCGUUGUCUGUCUUCUGGCUUGUGAUCCAGUUCUUCCUGCUGAGCGUCAUGGACACGGCAUCCUUCGGCGGGCUGGCUGAGUUCAUCAGGAGCGAGGCGCCUUCGGCGAUGAAGUCGAUCGCGCCAGCAGUGCAGUCCUGCGUGGCUGGACUGGCUGCCUGGUCAUGCUGCGCCUUCAUCCAUCUCGUGAACAGGAUGACGAGGAGUGGUGGCGGUGGAGACGGAGGGUGGCUGGACGGAACGGAUUUCAACAGAGCACGCCUUGAUCGCUUCUUUCUGUCGCUGGGAGCCUUCGAGCUGCUGGCACUGGUCAAUUACACGUUCUGGGCUAGGAGAUACGCCAGGAAGCUGCGACGUGUCAGUACUGUCGUUUGAUGAGAACGACUCAAAAAAUUAAACACAACCAAACAGAGCAUCUCUUAAAAAAAUCAUAAACUUAGAUUUAAUAAGUUGCUAAAUAUAUAGUGGGAACAAAAACAACUAUAGUCUCCACAAUAGUUCUCUAGCCUCCAACGGCGUAAAGGCCAACCAAUUUUGUCAGUUUUUUUUCUUCUUAAAAGCUAAUGUUAAAUGUAUUUUAAUAGAUUUUGACUUAAAUGUAUCGGCGGACCUUGAAUAAUCUCGUAAGGAUUUAAGGGUAUAUCUCGUAUAUACAUAAAACUUUAAAACAUAUUUCUGAAUCUAAACUUGUUAAGGCUGCAUUCGUUUUCGCCUGACCAAUCAAUCAGCCUAGUUUAGAAUUUGAUAUAGCUUGCUAGAGCUGUUCUUUUGUCUUAGGCCAGAAACAAAGUCAUCUGUUUUAACUCCUCCACCUCAAUCCUUAGCCUAGAAUAAACUUAGGUGACCAACUAUUCGGAUUAAUUCCUAUGCUGAAAGUAGGUUGUGUUGGUUUGGUUUCUGGCUUAGCUUCAAUCCUGGUCUGCCGAAUAGAUAAUCCAUACGUGGUAUUAUCUACUGGACAAUUCUAACUGACCUAGCAUGUACUACUUUAACAUAUGGCAUUAUUUUCUCUUGGAAAA